CGAGGCCCCCCUCCCCCCGCACCCCUCCGGACCCGGACCCGGCCCCGCCCGCAGUCAGCAGGAGGGAGAAAAUGAAAGCGGGCUGCAGCAUUGUGGAUAAGCCAGAAGGAGGAGGAGGUUAUCAUUUCCCAGAGUGGGCUUACAAGACCGAGUCCAGCCCCGGCUCCCGGCAGAUCCAGCUCUGGCAUUUCAUCCUGGAGCUGCUGCAGAAGGAGGAAUUCCGCCACGUCAUCGCCUGGCAGCAGGGCGAGUACGGGGAGUUCGUCAUCAAGGACCCUGACGAGGUGGCCCGGCUCUGGGGGCGCAGGAAAUGCAAACCCCAGAUGAACUACGACAAACUGAGCCGGGCGCUGAGAUACUAUUACAACAAGAGGAUUCUCCACAAGACAAAAGGCAAAAGGUUCACCUACAAGUUCAACUUCAACAAGCUGGUGAUGCCCAACUACCCCUUCAUUAACAUUCGGCCUAAUGGCGUCGUGCCGCAGAGCGCUCCUCCCGUCCCCACCGCCUCGUCCCGCUUCCACUUCCCACCUCUCGACAGCCACUCUCCCACCGACGAUGCCCAAGCCAGCCGCUUCCCCGGGGGCUCCUUGGUGCCCUCCAACCCCGAAGGGCUGGGGGACGGCGGCGAGCGGAAGCCGGACCUGCCGGAGCUGGAGGAUGGCUCCUCGGAUUGGCGCCGCGGGGUGGAUCUCAUGGGCUCCCGCAACGCCGUGGGCGCCGGGAGCGUCAACCACCAGAAGCGCAAGCCCGAUAUCAUGCUCCCCCUCUUCACCAGGCCCGGGAUCUACCCGGAUCCUCACAGCCCCUUCGCCGUGUCCCCUCUGCCGGGGCGCGGGGGGGUCCUCAACGUUCCCAUCUCUCCGGCGUUAUCCCUGACUCCCACGCUGUUCUCCUACAGCCCUUCUCCGGGGCUCAGCCCCUUCACAGGUAGCAGCUGCUUCUCUUUCAACCCCGAGGAGAUGAAACACUACCUGCACUCCCAGGCCUGCUCCGUCUUCAACUACCACCUGAGCCCGCGGACUUUCCCCCGCUACCCGCUCAUGGUGCCACCACUACAGUGCCAAAUGCCCCUGGAGGAGCAGCCCCAGUUCCCCAUCAAGCUGCAGCCUCCCCCCGUGGGGCGUAAAAACAGAGAGAGACUGGAGAGCGCCGAGGGGGAGCCGCCGGUCCCUCCUGCUCCCCCCAGGGUCAAGGUGGAGCCGGCGAUGGACAAGGAGGCAGAGCCCGAGGAGCCGCUGGCCAAGGGGAAAGACAAGAGCGAUAGAGAGGAGGGCCCCGGUGCGCUGGAGGAGGAGAAGGGCCCCGUGUUUGCCAGGCCGGCAGCCCCAUCGUGGCACCCGGCCCCGCCGCCCCCCGAGGAGCCCCCGGAGCAAGGCGAGAGCAGCGCGGAGAAGGCACCGCGUGACGCCGGCGGCGAGGCGGGCGCGCAGGAGAGGCGCGAGGAUGCCCUGAUGCCCCCGAAGCUGCGUCUCAAGCGCCGCUGGAACGGGGACCGCCAGGAGGGCCCCGAGGAGCGCCCCAACGGCCGCAUGCACUGGACCGGGGCGCUGGGCACCGCCGCCGCCGCCGCCUCCGACACCUAA